ACCAUCGAGUUGCUCAAGGAGCGUCGCGACAUGACGGUGCAGGAGAUCCGGCUGGUGCUGAUGAUCGAGGACCCGCGCGAGGCGGAGCGGCGGCGGCAGAUGGGCAUCGAGAACGAAAGCGGGUGCUCCCGCGACGAGAUCGCUGACGCGUUUCUUGAGGUGUGUGAGGACCGUGUACCAGCAGAUCGCAUGGUGCUGCGCAAGCUGGCGCAGGACAUGCGAGACUGGCCACGCCUACGGUUGUCUUCCCAUGCAUCUCCCCUAACCCCCUCCCACUCGCCUCUCCCAGACCCCUCUUCCCUAACCCCAAUCUCCCCCACACCGCUCCCUCAUCUCUCUCAACCUCCUUUCCCCCCACCUCUGCUCCUCAUCCCUCUCCACCACGCCGUUCCCCCACCACGCCAUUCCCCCUACACGCCACUCCUCCACCACGCCAUUCCCCCACCGCGCCUCUCCCCCACCACGCCAUUCCCCCUACACGCCAAUCCUCCACCACGCCAUUCCCCCUACACGCCACUCCUCCACCACGCCAUUCCCCCACCGCGCCUCUCCUCCACCACGCCAUUCCCCCUACACGCCAAUCCUCCACCACCUUCCCCCACGACCCUCCCCCCCCCAGGAGGAGCCCCCUCCCGAGGAGGCAGUGGGGGCAGGCGGGCAGCGCACGUCCCCCUACGCGCAGAUCACCGACGUGGGGCUGCAGGGCGGUGCACAGGCCAACCGCACUCCCGCCGCCUACUCUGCAUCCGCCACGUCAGCACCUGCCACGUCAGCAGGCGGGUCGUCUGCGAGCCAAUGGGACGCGGGUAUUCCGCUCUCCGUAGGACGUGCCGUGAGUUACGCCAUCUCUCUGUCCGUGCUCCGACCACCUCCUCGCGGACCUACUCCCGGUCCUACUACCGGACCUACUCCCGGUUCCAGACCUACUUCCGGACCUACUCCCAAACCUACUCCCGGACCUACUCGGCGUGGACCUCAAGCAGCCUAUCCAAUGACGUUUGUGAAGCGGAGCCCCAUGUGCCGCCCUUUGCUGCUGCUGCUCCUCGCGAGCUGCUCGUUGGACCUACCAGGCACAACCAGCCCUGCACCUGCAGUUGUGCAUGCUGCAACAAUAGUGGUUGGCGGCAAGAAGGGCUGGCCUGGUGUCAAGUCUUGAGAGGCACCAACUUUCUUUGUGAACGAUAUACUAGUCUUUAA